AUGGUACGCGUUUUAUUGCAGCGUAAAUUGUUGGACAUCAGUCUGGGAUUUGCGGGCGGCGUGAUGAUAGCGGCAAGUUACUGGUCGCUACUGGCACCUGCUAUCGAAAUGGCGACAAAGAGCAAAAUUUACGGAGUGGAAGGCGAAUACGCGUUCGUACCAAUCGGAGUUGGAUUUCUCAUAGGCGCGGCUUUCGUUUAUGGGACGGACGCGUUGAUAUCUUCUCUUGGCAUUCAGUCCCCUAAUGUGCUUUUAGCUAUGCAAUCAGUCGGUACGAAACAAAGACGCAAGAUCCUUGCAAAACUAAAGAGUGACGAGGAUUUAGACGAUUAUGAUCCGUAUAACGACGUACAGUUAUCUGGUGGAAAAAUGUAUACUCAAAUUGAGUCCACCACCAUCGAUGGUUUCUAUGAACAAAAUACCCGCAAGCGUCAAACUGCAAAUGUAAAUAGGCCUGCAGAACAAGGAGAAAUAAGCACAAUUUACGAAGAUCCUAACAACGAAUGUAAAAACAAUCAAUGGAGAAGAGUUUUGUUGCUGGUCGUCGCCAUUACAGUGCACAAUAUUCCAGAAGGUCUAGCAGUUGGAGUUGGAUUCGCUGCGGUUGGUAAUAGCGUAUCGGCAACUUUCGAAAACGCGAGGUAAGCAACAUUUUUGCGUCCGAACAAACAAAGAGCCACGGACAAAUAUCUACUCCGUUUGGCGGACUCGUAACAAUACGCAAAAGACGUCAAAAUCCCGCACGUCAUGAACUGAGAGUUAUUUUAAGCGGAACGAACUUCAACUCAUACUCGAUGAAAUCGUAUUUCGAUUAGGCAGAGGAUAGAUUCUAAGAAGCCAGCAUAGUGCAAGCUAUGUGGAGCGAUGUUUCAAUUAUACGUAAUGAAGUAAAAUUCACUUAGAUCAAUCACGCCUAUCAGGUUCAUCACGAAUCAUCAUCGUUAAAUUGUUCGAAGGUCUGGGAAAAAGUGCAUCGAACACAUUAAAAACGAAUAUCUACGUUUGAUUGAAACAGCUACUGUGACCAGUGUUACUCGUCUAAUGUUAAGAGAGGAAAGUACAAUCGAAACGAAUAUCGUCCUUUUCUCUUCGAGUAUAAUUUAAAAAUAAUUUCGUUCGUUCGAUACGUCGAUAAUGGUGAAAGGCGCAAAAUAUAUAUA